UUUAUGCAACAAAAUUAUAGAUUUUAAAAUUCAUUGCCUGAACACAUAAGCAAAGUCUGCCCGACUUUUGGCCAAUCCCCGUGAGUGGGUAUGCGCCAAACUCAUCAGGGGCAUCAUCAUCAUCAACAUCACCGGCGGCGUAAGCGUGUCCACAAAGCGGUCGCAGAACGCGCCGUUGCCAUGGCCAGAUCGCGGCCGCUCGGGGCGCACAUCUCAGCGUCGCAUCCUCGACGUUCCUCGGAAUCGCUAGUGGGUCCCACCGCGGGAUGAAGACGCUGCAGAUAACUCCUGGAUCGAGUAUCGCGGCAACUGCGGCGGCGCUUAUCGGAAAGCGGAAGCCGUAGCAGCCGGCAUCUUCGGCGUGUUCCAUCCGAGUGGCCGUUGUUGCGGAGGGAUCCGGCGGCCGUCUACGACCAGAGGUCCAGCACUGGUGCCGCUCACUUGAGGCAGCCACGAUGAACCCGGCGCUACCACUGCUUCUCUCUGUGAUGUUCUCGAAGAACGGCCCCGCAACCGACAGGUGCGACCUGCCCUCGACGCUCGUCGACGAGAUCGACGGUUAUGGGCCCGUGGUGCGGCGCAUCCUGUCGGCCUUCGACGAUGGACCCCAGUCCGGCGCCACGUACCGGGCUCUGGCCGAGUUCGCCGAUCGGUUCGGCCACCGCCUGGUCGGGUCGGAGAGCCUCGAGGCCGCCAUCGACAACAUAGUGGCGUCACUGCGGGCCGCCGGCCUGGACCGCGUCGAAACGGAGCCCGUGGACACGCCAGUGUGGCAGCGUGGUCGCGAGCUGGCGCAACUGGUCGAGCCCCGGCCCGUACCCCUCGACGUGCUCGGCCUGGGCGGCUCGGUGGCCACGCCUCCAGGGGGCCUCACGGCUCCCGUGCUGGCGGUGCGCUCCUUCGAGGAACUCGAUAGUCGCCGCGCCGAGGUGAACGGCACCAUCGUGCUGUUCAAUCCAGAGUGGACCGACUACUGGCGGUACGUGCCGUACCGCACCAAGGGGCCUUCCUACGCAGCCAGAUACGGCGCCGUGGCGGCUCUGGUGCGCUCGGCGACCCCGGCCUCGCUGUACACGCCGCACACGGGAAUGCUGAAGUACCUGCCCGACCACCCGAAGAUCCCCGCCGCCGCAGUCACUGUCGAGGACGCCGAAUUGCUGACAAGGCUCGUGGAACGCGGUUCCAACGUUGUCGUGCACCUGGAGAUGAGCAACAACCACACGCAGGGCGUCUCCAGAAACAUUGUUGCCGACAUCACGGGCUCAGUCUUUCCGGAGCAGUACGUGAUCGUGGGCGCGCACACGGACAGCUGGGACGUGGGCCAGGGCGUGGUGGACGACGCGGGUGGCGUGUUCAUCUGCAUGGCAGCGAUGGCGCAGCUGCGCCGCAUGCAGCUGCGACCACGGCGCACGCUGCGCCUGGUGCUGUGGACGGCGGAGGAGGUCGGCAUGCAUGGGGCCAUCGAGUUCGUUCGCCGGCACCGGGACGAGAUGGACGCCGUGUCGCUGGCGCUCGAGUCGGACAUCGGCACGUUUGCGCCCGUCGGGCUCACCACGAGCGGCGGCGACAACACGACCGCUUGCAUCCUGCGCCGGCUGCUGACCCUGACCGCGCCCGUGGGCGCUACGCGGCUCGAGCCCAGCCGCGGCCGCGGCUCCGACGUCAGCAAGCUGGAAGAGCUUGGCGUGCCGGUUUCCGUGCUUUUGACGCGUAACGAGCGGUACUUCCACUACCACCACACGCGCGCCGACACCGUGAGCGCCAUCAGCAGCCGCGACCUGGACCUGUGCGCGGCCUUUUUGACGGCCGUGGCUUACGCGGUGGCUGACCUGCGAGACAUGCUGCCCCGAGGUCAUUGAUCCCCGCACCGCCGGGAGAGACUCGAUGCGUGCGCUAUCUCUGACACUUGCCGUGGCAUGGACACACUUUGCGAGGAUGAACGCAGCAAUGUACAGCGGCUCCUGUCGGCGGAGCUGGGAACAGGCUUAUAGUUAGACUGGCAGCUGUCACUGACACUCGCUGGUUGCAUCCUUUGCGCGCAGGUCUGCAAGUGCGUUUCUGUAUCCUCUGUGCGAAUGCUGUUUCUUUUUUGCUUCCCUUCUAUCGUCAACUUCCUUUUUCUAUCCCCUCCUUCUAAAGAGUAGGCAGGCUUUGUGCCCCUCUCAGUGGCCUGUUGCCAGCAUGCUUCUUCCCUAUUUCCCUCUCUGCUUUGUAUGCGUUUUCAUAUCAGACAAUAAGGCUUACGUUCUUGCCUUGCAUGUGAACGUUUGAAUGUGAGAAAAAUAAAGUAUACAAAGCGCCCGCUUUGUAUAGGCGGGCACUUCUCCUGGUA